AUGGAGUGUCCCCCAAGUAAGGAGAAUGGAAUGAAGUGGAGUCUGCAUGUUCUUUGCUCUUUCUUUUCCUCCAUCUGUCUUUUGCUAUUAAGAAACUGUCAUAAUAUAAGUGGAAAAACUCUAGAUGGAUGCCGACUUACUCAUGAGGAUGUGACUGGUUACUCGCUGGAAGGUGACAUCAUCCUUGGAGGACUCCUUGCUAUUCAUCUGGAUGUAGAAUAUCCAAAAGUAACAUUUCAAGAACAACCACCAUCACUUAAAUGCCAAACAUUUCACAUACGGUAUUACCGCUACCUCCUAGCUGUGGUUUAUGCUAUACAGGAAAUCAACCAGGCAUCCGACAUUCUACCAAAUAUCACUUUGGGUUUCAAAUUGUAUGACUCCUGCUAUCAUCAAGUAAGGUCUUUGAUGGGGACAACCUGGAUCUUAUCAGGAAAAAAGCAAACUGUGCCAAACUUCAGCUGCUAUAAGGAAAGAAUGCCAUCUGCAAUCGUUGGUGACAUGCCUUCAAAGGCAUCUAUACCAAUGGCUAGGAUUCUUGGCUUGUAUAGAUAUCCUCAGAUAAGCUACGCUUCAGCUCAUCCAAUCCUGAGUGAUAAAUUGCAGUUCCCAUCUUUCUUUAGAACUAUACCCAAUGAUGACUAUGAAGUUAUUGAAAUGGCUCAUUUGGUAGCUUACUUUAACUGGACCUGGGUAGGAAUCAUAACUACAGACAAUGAAUUGGGAAGAUCUGGUUCACAAUUACUAACAAAGAAGGUUGAAGAGAGUGGAGGUUGUGUAGCCUUUUUAGAAAUUCUUCCCAUCCACAACUCUAUAGAGUCAGUUUUACGCAUCAUAGAUGUUAUCAAGAACUCAAAAGCCACAGUCAUUGUUGUGUAUUCCACAAUGGAGAACCUUAUUCCUCUCAUGGAGGAAGCUUCUUAUAACAAUAUUACAAGUAAAGUAUGGUUCGCCUGCUCCAGUUGGUCCAUAACUUCAGAUUUCCCAAGAGUUGACAUUUUAACAACUUUAAAUGGCAGUAUAGGCAUAGCCCAACCCAGUGGGGAAAUUUCAGGUUUUAAAGAAUUUAUUCAAAGCAUACAUCCGUCUAAAUUUCCCAAUGACAUUUUCAUCAAAACAUUUUGGGAAAAGGCUUUUGGUUGUGUUUGGCCGACAGGAAAUCCUUCUAAUAAUUAUUCCUCUACAAAUGCUUCUCAUGGUCAAAGUGUUUGGUGUACUGGAGAAGAAAAGUUAGACAGUAUUGAUCCUAAUGUAUAUGAUGUUUACAAUUUUAGAUAUAGUUACAAAAUCUAUAAUGCCAUUUAUGCUAUUGCCCAUGCGUUGCACCAGAUGCAUACAUGUAUACCAGGACAAGGGCCCUUUGUCAAUGGAUCAUGUGCAGAUGUUUUACAACAUAAACCUUGGCAGCUGUCCUAUUACAUCAAAAGAGUAAACUUUAUCAAUACUGCUGGGGAGCAAAUAUACUUUGAUAAAAAUGGAGAUAUUCCGCUUUCAUUGGAUAUUCUUAACUGGCAGCUCUAUCCCAAUGGCAGCAACCAGUACAUUAACAUUGGCAAAAUUGAUGACCGUGCGGCAAAAGGAAAUGAACUGCAGGUUGAAGAGGAAAGGAUUGUUUGGAAUGGUCACAGUCAUCCCCCAGUUUCUUUAUGCAGUGACCCAUGCCAAAAAGGAUUUAGAAGAGUCACCAAACAGGGGCAGAAGAUUUGUUGCUUUGAUUGUGUCCCAUGCUCGGAAGGAGAGAUCUUAAAUCCAGAUGAUGGUACCAAGUGUCUCAAGUGUCCAGAAGACCAAUGGCCAAAUUCAUUUAAAGAGAAAUGUAUGCCAAAAUCCAUUGAGUUCCUUGCUUACAAUGAGUUCUUGGGCUCAUCCCUAGCUUGCAUCUCCAUUAUUUGCUGUGCUCUCACAUUUUCUGUUCUUUGCUUGUUUAUUAUGAAACAUAAAACCCCGAUAGUUAAAGCUAACAACAGAGGACUAAGUUAUCUACUUCUAACAUCCCUGAUGUUUUGCUUCUUAAGUUCGUUAGUAUUUAUCGGAUGCCCCAAUAUGAUUACCUGUAUGCUUCGUCAGGUGUUGUUUGGCAUCAUAUUUUCCCUAUGUCUGUCAGCAAUAUUGGCCAAAACCACAACUGUCAUCAUGGUGUUCAGUGCCACAUGUCCAGACAGUCGGAUAAAAAGACUUGUUGGGCUGAGGAUUCCAAUAUACAUUGUCCCAUCAUGUACCAUCAUCCAAAUAGUCCUGUGUUUGGUGUGGCUGUGUAGUGCUGCUCCUUUCGAAGAGUUCAACAUGGUGGCCGAGAGUGGAGUAAUCGUCCUUGAGUGCAAUGAAGGAUCCAAAGUGUUUUUUGCUUGCGUCUUGGGCUAUAUGGGACUAUUGGCAUCUGUCAGCCUUCUUGUUGCCUUCCUAGCAAGAAAUCUUCCCGACACAUUCAAUGAGGCCAAGUUUAUUACCUUUAGCAUGCUGGUAUUUGCUAGUGUUUGGAUAACAUUUGUUCCAGCGUAUCUGAGCACCAAAGGAAAAAAUAUGGUGGCGGUGGAAAUAUUUGCCAUUAUAUCUUCCAGUGCUGGGCUACUUGUCUGUAUAUUCUUUCCAAAGUGUUACAUUAUUUUACUACAACCAGAAAGGAAUAACAAGAGAAGCAUAACUGGUAGGAAAGGCAGCUCAGUAAAGUAA